UUCCCUGCACCUGCAGCUGCGUGUUUGUUACAGACCGACAACGGUCGUGUGGAAGACCGCAACGCCAGACCGGAGAGGGACCUUUUAAAACAUCUAAGCUGUAAAAAAUCACCAUCAGAGUGGAGACUUCCCACCAUCCACUGUGAGGCGUGAACAUGGAGGGAAUGCUGCUUUUUAAAUCCGCUUCUCCUCGGUUGCCUCUGGACACUCGAGGAGAUUCCGCUCUCCAAACAUCUCCUGGAGUUCCCACCAUACAUAUUACAGCCAUACCACCACUGCCUCCUCCUCCUCCACUCCCACCACCUCCUCUUCCUCCUUCUCCCAAUCUUCCACUUACUCCAUUUAGCUCUUGUGGUGAACGAAGACCCUCUAUGAAAAAGCUGAACUGGGACACAAUUCCAAGCCACCAUGUUGUUGGCAAGCUGAACGUGUGGACGUCCCAGCGAUCUCAGAGAGACCUGGUGCUGGAUAUUCAAGCCAUGGAAGAGUUGUUCAGUCACGCUGAUAAACGUGCUUCUGUCCGCAGCUCAAGAGGCUUGGGUCUGAGAAAGAAGGAUGGCACAGACCUCUGUGCGCAAGAUCCUCAGGUUACAAUCCUGGACUCUAAGAGGAGUAUGAACGUUGGGAUCUUCUUGAGACAUUUCAAGAGGCCUGUGGCAGAAAUAAUAGAGGACGUCCGUCAAGGAAACUGGCUCCGGUUUGGAACCGGCAAACUUAAAGAGCUGUGUAAACUGCUGCCAGAGGAAAAUGAGAUGAAGAAGCUGCUGUCGUUCAGGGGAAACCUCUCGACUCUACCCGAGGCUGACCAGUUUAUGGUGAAACUUGUCAAAGUGCCAGGAAACUACAUUAGUCCUUCGUUUAGAUACGGGGAACGACUGAAAGCCAUGGUUCUGAGGGAGGAAUUCUUUCCUGCUAUGGAGGAAGUGAAGAACGCAGUUUGUGUCCUGACUAAAGCGGCUAAUGAACUUUUAGACUGUGAUGACCUGCAUUCAGUGAUUCGACUGGUGCUGAAAGCAGGAAAUUACAUGAACGCUGGUGGUUACAGUGCCAAUGCUAUUGGAUUCAGAAUGACCUCCCUGCUCAAACUGGCAGACACCAAAGCCAACAAGCCAGGCAUGAACCUCAUGCACUAUGUUGCCAAGCAAGCAGAAGACAUCGACACAGAGCUGCUGAUGUUUCCUAAAAAGUUACUUCACAUUGGGAUGGCAUCAAGAAUUUGUAAGGAUGAUGUAGUUGCAGAUUUUACGCUGGAAGUUCAGAAGAUUAAAGAAGUGCAGAUGUUCAGCAGCCGACAGCCUGGCCUUUUGCAACAAAUGGAGCAAUUUCUUCAGAGGGCUGAGGCCAAGCUUGCAGAGGUGGAGACGUUUCUUCAGGAACUGAAAACUCUGAGCUUUGCUGUUGCUGACUUCUUCUGUGAAGACCCUGCAGUCUUCAAACUAGAGGAGUGCUGCUCAAUAUUUCACUCUUUUUGUAAGAGGUUUGACACGGCUGUGAAGGAGAAUCGGGAGAGAGAAGCAGCUGAAGAACGACACAAGCGAACGGAGAGCUUCCGUAUAGCUUCCAAACGCCACUCUACAUCAUCUUGUUCAGUACUCGAGUCUAACGAAGAACCUGCGUGUCUGGAGUCAGCGCUGCACAGUCUGCUUGUCAAAGUCCCAGAUGGUUUAUCCAGAAGUAGGAGAAACCUAGCUCUUCCUCGUAAAGGAGCUCUUUCUAGCAGCAGCUCUCAAAAAGCGGAAGGGAAAACUUCAUGUAUGAGCCAGGAGAGCCCAGAGAAAAAGCAACCAAAACUGCUGGAACAAGACCAGGAAAACUUGAAAGAAGCUGAGAAAAUGCGUGAGAUUACUCGUAAGGUGCUCAAGUACCAAAACAGCAAAGGUGUCCGUGACGAUGACGCAGUUAAAGGAAGUCCUCGUCGUUCAGAGACGAAACAAGACGGGCCUGCUACCCCAAACACCCCUCCUUCUAUAACGAGAGACUACGUCUUCAACAAUAACGGGAAAUUGGGUUCCCCUUGGACCAUUCUCAGCCCUCUCACCUCCAGAAAAAGACAAACCCGCCGUUCGUCAUCGUCAUCCAGCGAAAAUGAUCUUGAUGACAGAAUCUGGGACAGUGAUGACGAGAAGGAUUCUUCACUUGAUACUUGCAGUGGAAACAGUUCGAGUUCUCAAUCAGGAGGAACCGUGUCUCUUCCUGAGUACUUCCGUCGGAAAGCUCUGUCACAGGCUCGACUCCUCAGGUCUGCUUCUGUGAAUGAAACUUCACGAUCUCCAGCCACAGGCUUUCGGCUGGGGUACUUGUUCCAGAGGAGCACGUCUCAAAGUUCUUACUCCCCUGGGUCAGGGAACACUACCACGAGAGAAGAUGGAUCGUACAGCAGGACGGGGAGCCGUGGAGAGGGAGGAUUUACAUCCUUCCUGAAGCGCAUCGGAGGCAGAAAUAAAUUGGAUGAUUUGGAGGAACAAAACUUCAGAGGAUCAAACACUUGAUGUGUGUGUGCGCGUGCGUAUGCGUGUGUGUGUGUGUGUGUGUGUGUGUGUGUGUUAAAUUUAGUCUUUUAAAUGUUUGUAGUUUUAUUCUACUUUUUACUUUUUGUGUUUUUUAGUGGGAACAAGGCAAUUAUUGACUUGCUUUGAACACUACUGAUUUUUGGUGAUCAGUCAGUCUGCAAAAUCCCAACAGCUGUCUUUUUAUUUUUUUGUUAUUUUGUGCACAAUAAAGAUUGAUAUUCUAAAUAA